UUUGUGUGUAUCAGAGCAUCUGGAAAUAGCAGCAUCCUCAACUCAUGUUCUUUCAGCUGCCCACCACCGAGCCGCAUUAAGCGCCGGGAGCCGAGACAACCGAGAGAAAAGAAAAAGAGAGUGUCUCCCACACACUGCUUGAGCCAUUAUAAAAAGCUGCCAGAAAUAGCAGUCUUUGUUGUCUCACUGCGCGCGCCAAUCACAUACUAUUCCUCUCAUUCUCUAGUUAAUCUUGACGCUACAGUUAACUAUAUCAUGUGUUCAGUCACACCGGCUGUUACUUAGUAAAGUACAAAAAUAUUUAUUCACUCAACUAAGUAACAAAGUAAAAUCAAUUAUAUAUGUCCAUCCAUCCAUUUUCUAUACCCGCUUUAUUCCUAAUUAGGGUCACGGGGAUCUGCUGGAGCCUAUCACUGGGUGACAGACAGACAGACAACCACACACACUCACACUCACUCCUAUGGGCAAUUUAGAAUUACCGAUCAACCUAAUGUACAUGUUUUUGGACUGUGGGAGGAAACCAGAGUACCCGGAGUAAACCCACGCAGGCACAGGUCCAUACACAACAUGCAAACUCCACACAGAAAGACCCCUGUCUGUUCGAACCCAGGAUUCGAACCCACCUUCUUCCUGUGAGGAAACAAUGCUGACCACUAAGCCACCAUGCUGCCCCAAUUACAUUGUGUAAAAGGAUUUUUGUUACAUAGUGUUAUAAAUGUAAUAUUAUAAAUCCAGUUUACUGCAAACAUUUAGCAUUCGCCAAAUUUAACAAACACACCAGUGUUUAGUCUAGCAAACACCAGAGCUAGCUCAAUCCAGGGACUUUUCCCUUUUUUCAUACGUUAAGCUUUUUCUUCAUUGUUUCAAUUAUCCAGCAGUGUUCGUACAGCUAGCUAGUUAGCUGCGUAAGCUAACUACAUGUGCUGUGUAGCAUGCUGGUAAAUUUAGCUGUGGAUUUUGAACAAAGUCAUUCUCAGUCAAGCCUCUGCUGAAACAAACUCUUCUUCACGCAUAUUUUCUUCGGCAUCUCCCUCUGUACUGAUUAGCUCAUUAGCAUAAGUAAUUAACAUAACUAAACUGCUCAUUCUGCUCUCAGUUCCUCGGUCUUUGAAUAUGUAUGAGUAAACAUGCAGGAAACGCAUAACAUUUCAGAGUCUCCAAUUAGAGCUUUAAUGUCUCGCUGUGAAAAUGCUAGCGUUUGCAAAGCUAAUGUUGCCAUAACAACCAUGAAUUUUGGUUGUCACUAAUAUUUGCUAGCCUUGCUUUUAUAACACGCACAUUCCAGGAUAGUCAGUCUGUUAGAUAAUUCAUAAAUCAAUGAGUUCUGAGAGUUUUGCACGUGCCAGCUGAUGAGGAAGAUCAUCAAAUAGUUUAAACAUGAUGCUUUGUCUUGACCAAUUCUUUGUCUUUCUGCUCUUCGCGCUUUCAGGCUCAAAACCGAAACUCAUUCUGAUAAUUGUCUGGCUUCAGUUAAUAACCUGUGGCUGAUUGACCGCUUAAUUAGCGAACUGUGAGUCAAGUGAUCAAAUACACAGCUUCUAUUUAGUCCCAGAGCUUCACAAAAACAUGAGGAUUACUUUAAAAAGUGAAAAAAAAUCAUGAGCGCGAAAUACUGUAACAUACAUUUUUAGUUGACUGUGAAGCUACAGUCCGUUUAACAUAAACAUUACAUUAAAUAGGGGGAUCUGAAUUAGAGCGCGAGCUACCGAAUUGAACUGUAACCUUUCGAUGUGACGUGAUGCACGUGACGUCAUUCCGGGCAUCGCGACGACUGUCCCGUAGUCCCCCUUCACUCCCUCCCUCUCUUUCAACCCCGGGGAGACAUCCGUGCCAUGGUGAUCGGUUGCUAUAGAAAUGCUCGUUUUUCGGCGACAGAAUUAGAGACCGAGAGAGAGAGAGGGAGAGAUAGAGAGAGGGGAUAGAGAUAGAGAGUGGGAGGACGGGUCGUUAACAGAACGGCGACGUGGCAUGUCUGCUGUGAGGAGCGGUCGGGUCCCAUGCUGCCGGUUCGCACAUGGAAAAGCUGCUGUUCCUCUGCGGCGCGAGCGGCGAUUCGGCCACCGUGGUAAAUGUUGAAGACCCUGACACCAUGUUGCCCAAAUCCAGAAGAGCUCUCACUAUUCAGGAGAUUGCAGCACUUGCCAGAUCCUCACUUCAUGGAAUCUCUCAGGUGGUAAAGGAUCAUGUAACAAAGCCGACAGCGAUGGCGCAGGGACGUGUUGCUCACCUGAUCGAGUGGAAAGGAUGGUGCAAACCCACAGAUGCUCCGAAUGCCCUCGAGUCUGACUUUAACUCCUACUCAGAUCUGUCAGAGGGCGAGCAGGAGGCCCGCUUUGCUGCUGGUGUUGCAGAACAGUUUGCCAUUGCCGAGGCAAAACUUCGUGCCUGGUCUUCAGUAGACGGAGACGAGUCGAAUGACGAUUCAUACGAUGAGGACUUCCUGUCUGCUAAUGAGCCCAACACACAGAGUACAGAUCUUUCUUCGUACCCUCAUUACCUGCGUGACCUCAUACACACUCGGGUCUGUGAGGCUCGGCUGCGUGAGGCUGAAAGCGGCGUCGCAGUCGACCUUUCUCCUCCGGCGGGAUUGCCAGGGUCGCCCCCGGACACACUGGGGUCCAGCACGUGCAGCCUGGACGAGACACACCCAUUGUUGCGUGACCUCGGCCGCUGUGGUGACGACCUAACUGCCAAGAUCCUGGGUGCUCUGCACGGCAGGGAGGACCUCCUACUUUUAGCACGCCUCCAGCGGGCAGGGCAGAGGCGGGGCCAUUUGUUCUCGGAGACGUUUGAAGAUGACGACACGCCUUGCAAAGACUGUAGGGGCGGGGCUUGGUGCACACGGGAAUAUUCCGCACGGAGGAAAGUUUCAGAUGUCGCUUCAUCUGGCGUAGUGUCGCUCGACGAGGAAGACGAAGAUGAAGCAGACGAAGAUGCAGAAGAAGAAGAGGAGGAAAGAGAGCAGUGAACGCCCACCAUUCUGUUCCACUUACAACCCCAGUUUCUGUUUGGAAUGUUUCACUCGGCAUGUUUGUUUUAGACUCCGCCCCUCGCAUUUGCAUACAGACAGUUGUCAGGUGCGGACUUUUUUUUUUUUUUUUUUUUUUUUUUAACCGCGUCUCAACAAUCUUUCCUGCAGUGCGGUGGAGAGGAGGAGGAGGAGAGGAAGAGGAGG